AUGGAUUUAGUUUCAAGUUUUCCUUCCUUUCGGUUUGGAUUGUCUCUCCUCCUGCUCUCCUGUAAUGUUGCAGCAAGGGCACUGGCUACAUGUCUGAACCUCACGAUGGUCUCCAUGGUGAACAGCACAGAUCCACAGGGUUUGCCCAAUAACUCUUCAAAGAAGCUGCUCGAUAACAUAAAGAACCCUGUGUAUAACUGGAGCCCUGAUAUCCAGGGGAUCAUCUUAAGUUCCGGCUUCUUUGGUAUGAUCUUCAUCCAAAUUCCUGCUGGAUACUUAUCUGGAAUAUUCUCUGUAAAGAAAAUGGUUGGCUCUGCAUUAUUCUUCUGCUCUCUGUUCAGCAUGUUGACCCCACUAGCAGCUGGACUUGGAGACACUUCAGUUAUCGUGUGUCGAGCAGCCUAUGGAGUAGCCCAGGGGAUAGCAGGAACAGCCCAGCAUGAAAUAUGGGUCAAAUGGGCUCCUCCCUUGGAACGAGGCCAGCUUACUUCUAUGAGUCAAUCAGGGUCUCUGCUGGGAUCUUUCAUUGUCCUGCUUGUGACUGGAUUAAUCUGUGAAUCUCUGGGCUGGCCCAUGGUUUUCUAUAUUUUUGGUGCUUGUGGCUGUGCUCUGUGUCUUCUCUGGUUCGUUCUGUUUUAUGAUGACCCUAAGGACCACCCAUGUAUAAGCAUCAGCGAGAAGGAAUACAUCACGUCCUCCCUCGCUCAGCAGGUCAGCUCAAGUAGACAAUACCUGCCCAUCAAGGCUAUGCUUAAAUCUCUUCCAGUCUGGGCUAUUAUCCUUGGUGGUUUUGCUUAUUUCUGUACGAAUAGCCUCUUACUUUUAUACACCCCAAUGUUUAUCAACUCCGUGCUUCAUGUUACUAUAACAAAGAAUGGGCUGCUGUCUGGUCUCCCCCAUUUGUUUGCCUGGAUCUGUAGUAUCCUAUCAGGUCAGAUGACAGACUUCUUCCUGACCAGGAAUAUUCUCAGACUAAUUACCAUCAGGAAACUUUUCACCACACUAGGACUUCUUCUUCCUGCAAUUUUCAGUUUGUGCAUAGUUUACCUGAGUUUCAGCUUCUACAGCACUGUCAUUUUCCUGAUACUUGCUAAUGCAACAGUCAGCUUUGCUUUGUGUGGAGUACUUAUAAAUGCCUUGGAUAUUGCUCCCAGAUAUUAUGGAUUUCUCAGAGGAAUUACAUGUUUUUUUGGAAUGAUAGGAGGACUAAUUUCUUCCAUUCUUACUGGAUGGAUCCUUAGUCAGGAUCCAGAAUCUUCCUGGUUUAAAGUCUUCUUCAUGUUGGCAGCCAUUAAUGUGAUAAGCUUAAUUUUCUACCUUGUAUUUGCUAAAGCAGAAAUUCAGGAUUGGGCUGAAGAAAGACAAGACACACGCCUCUGA